AUGGCGGUGCGGUCGAUGUUGGGGCUUGUGUUCCCUCUCCUGUCGUCAGCCCAAGGUGGAGACUACAUGAGCCAGUAUGCCGCGCCUUACCAACACUACAUGCAGGCCGGAUCCAGCGGUGGCUCUGGCGGCUCUGGUUACCAGCAGUACUACAAGAAGUACAUGUCGCAAUACGGCUCCGGUGCCGCCGGAGGGUAUGAGAAGUUCAUGUCGAAGUAUGCCGGCGACUACGCCAGCAAGUACAUGCCGUCCGGGUCUGCCGACGAGUCUUCCGAAGACGCCGGGAAGCCGUUAAACUUCGCGGCAGCUGAGGAGGAUGGAAGCUCCAGCGCUGCCAAGUCUAAGAAGGACUCGCCAAGCGGUUCUCAGAACGGACCUGGCUUCGAGAAGUACAUGGAUUAUUCCAAGUACACGCAGGGCCACGGCUCCCAGGGCUCGCAGGGUGGUGACUACAAACAGUACCUGGACUAUUCCAAGUAUACUCAGGGGCACGGCUCGCAGGGCGGAGAUUUCAAGCAGUAUAUGCAGUCCUAUGGUGGCGACUAUAGCAGCAAGUACACGCAGGGGCAGGGCUCGCAGGGUGGUGACUACAAGCAGUACCUGGACUAUUCCAAGUAUACUCAGGGGCACGGCUCGCAGGGCGGAGAUUUCAAGCAGUAUGUGCAGUCCUAUGGUGGCGACUAUAGCAGCAAGUACACGCAGGGGCAGGGCUCGCAGGCGAG